AUGCAAACUGAAAAUGCCAGCGACAGUGCACCCACUAUAUAUAAUAUGGUUAGUUUUUAUGAUAACACGAUAGUCGUUCAUAUCAUUCGUCAAGAUAAAUCAGUCCCUGUUGAAGAUGGUAUACUGUGGGUAGAUAAAUACUUGUCAAUUCGCAUGAUAUAUCCUGGUGGGAAUGUGGUACCAAUUGAUAUUAAAUUGGAUAUACAAGAUUUUAACUUUCGUCUUUUGGACGUUAAUGGAAGACUUGUUAGCGCUAUUGAAAUUUUUCCUGUAAGAAGUAACUUUCUGUUAGUAACUUAUACGGAAGCCUCGGAUCUAGAUGACCCGUAUACUUAUAAUGAUUGGGCAUUGAUAGUUGAUUUAAAUGGAAAGAUAUAUAGUAACAUUUCAUUUGGAUCUGCAUACAUUAAUGUUGCCACAAAUGAAUGGUUGCCUGGUCGAGCCGAAAUUUUUAUAAAUUUUAAUCCUGACAAGGGAUUUCUUCGCUUGGCACCUGGAGAAGACAACUUACUUGCAAAUGGAAUAUUACGUUUUUCAGAUAGUUCUAGUCAUCUAAUUACAGCCAUUCCAAUGGUGGACGGAAGAUACGCAAUCAUUUAUGCUAAUUCUACUAUUGAUUCCACACUCUGGUACCCUUUUGAUCUACGUGGAACAAUCUUUGCGAUAUUUUUGGAAUAUGGCUCAAAUACUGAACUUAAACCUUUUAUUCUUUAUCAAACUUCAAUUCCAAAUACAAGAUUUACUUAUAUUGAUUGCGAUGUAUCUUACGUAGAAUUUGGGCAAAUAUGUGUUGUAACAAGUGAAUAUACACACCAAGAAAUUAUAAACAAGUCUUAUUUAAAUAUAAAAUUUCUUUCGUCAGGAGCAGUUGUAAAUUUUGUUAUUCCAUCGAUGAUUGAUUUUCAGACGAGUUUAUGUAGUAUUGAUCAAUAUUAUAUUCAAUCAUUACCAUAUGGAGGUUAUUUAUUAAGUGGAACUCAAAAAAUUGGCGACAGGGUUGCUAUUGUUGGUUAUAUUUUUAAAGACUUUAAUGAAAUAUUUGCUUGGAACCUUGCAAAUCCUACUAUGUCAAACUUUUUAGGAAUUUCUACAAUUUUGAAAAAUAAUACUUAUGUACUUGCUCAACCGGGAGGAAAGCAAAAUUGGUCCUUGAUUACCACUGAAUUGUUUCAAUUUGAGAAAAUAAAAGAACAUGGAUAUGACAAUUUACUUAUCGAUGACACAUUUCCGAAUAGAAAUGUUACCAUCCGAUCAGAUAUAGAAUCCCUUGAGAUAAAAUAUUAUGACCAAGUUGAAAUUUCAAAUGGUAAUAUUACAAUCUUUCAAGAUGGUGGGAAUUUGCGUCAAAUCGUUUCAGGUAAUGACGCCAGUUAUGUAACACUUAAAGAUGGGAAUAAUAUUUUUGUUAAAAUAAUCCAAAGCACUUUUAAUAAACCUGGCAGAUACUAUGUUUUAAUUGGAUAUGGUUUUGUUAAGAAUAAAGCUUUACAAGAGCCGCUCUAUGGUGUAAAGGAACAUGUGUGGUCUUUUACAGUUGAUUCUGAAACAAAAACAAGUUCUGGUAGUGUUAUGGGGCAGGUUCGAUUGUCUCCAGAAGGGACUACUUAUUUUGGCAGACUUAACAAUAUCGAACGAAAGGAUUUUCACGAGAAAUUAAGACAAGACUUGGCUAAUGCAAUUCCUGUCGAUAUAAAUCGUGUAACGAGUAAUGAAAAAACUGAAGUUGACACGAGUCAAUACGUUUUAUCGAUUAAUAUUUUACAUGAUGAAAACAAGCAAGAAAUACCGACAAGUUUAGCAAUUAAAGAUUUAGAUAUUUUGAUUAAAAAUAAAUUUAUCACCGCCAUUGCAUACGGUGAAGCUUCAAAAUAUUUAGAUGAAAGUUAUGGAUAUAAACCUAAUUCCAAUCUGUGGAAAACUUAUGGGCAUCCUUUCAUUAUAGUAUUGGUAUUCGUGUUCCUAUUGAUCUUACUUUACUUGUUGGCUAAACGUUUAAGUAGUGAGCAAGAAAACGAAAUUGAAGAAUUUUCUGAAUGGUCAAAAAAUAAUUUGCUAAUUAUAUCAUUAUUCACAUUAUUAGCAGGAGCUGAUGUUGAAGUUAUAAGCUUACUCGAAUCAAAAAUUGCAGGGUAUUCAUUUUUUAAUGCUAAAUUUUCUGAAGCGGCACUAAGUAAAAUAUUUUGGGGAAAUUGCAUUAAUUUAUUCAUUGAAGACAUUCCUCAAGUAAUUAUUCAGAUAAUUUACUACAGAGAAGUAAUCUUUUAUACUUUUAUACCCAUGUUUGCACUUUUGUUAUCUGUCGUAACUUUAACAAUUAAUAUUAUUAAAAUUAUUGGAAGAUUAUAUGUUUUAUUUAAAUUAUUUAAAUCGAAAGAUCAUAAAUAUGAAGAAAUAAUUGGGAAUUCAAAUAGUGAUUACAGUAAUAUAAUUGAUAAGGAUGAUGACAAUUUGGGUGGAUCUAUUGAUGAAUGUGUUUUUUAA